AUGCAAUUCCCUCAUCUCCUAGCGCAGACCUUCACACCCCGCCUGCAAGACCCCGCUCAAGCAGAGCAAGUUCCCUCACCACCAAUAUGCCCAUCCGCCCAGAAUACCACAACAGCCGAAGCAAACGAGACUGUCACACCUGCCACGGCAGUAACGAACAACACAUCCUCCUCCCUCUUAAUUCAGCCAGCACCAUCCACACAAGUCUUCCCACUGACGAAUCUUGAUCCGCUCGAACAAAUCUUACUCCACCGGUACAUCCUGGGAAGGUGCCACCCAGUCCAACGCCUGCGACACCAAGGCUACAGCGUCCCAGAGUUCAUCGACACAAGAGCCUGUCUUGAGAGCGGCAAACCACACCAAAGCCAUAAUUUCUCGCGAGGCUUAAUGCGCCGAAAGGCGAUCGUCAUAGACUGCAACAUGGUCGAAACCAUAAAGUCGACCACCGAGCUAGCUUUCAUUGUCGCGAUCGACUUUCUCACCGGUGAAGUCUUAGUCAACGGCUACGUCGCGCCGACAGUGCCUGUCACAGACUGGUUGACUCCCGUCAGUGGGAUCAUCCAAGAAAAGCUGGACGCGGCUAUUUCUGAAGGCAAAGCCUUCAGUUCGAACCACGAUGCACGCAACGCACUGAAAAGGUUCCUCGAUCGCGAUACCAUGUUCAAUGGUCAUGCUCUCCACCAUGAUCUACGAGCAUUGAGCUUGAUCCACGGCCGAAAUGUGGAUACGGCGCUUAUCACUUCCGAGGCAGUCUUCUCUCACUUCUCAUCGAAAAGUAAGCUUCCGCGGAUCUGGCGACUGAAGCAAUUGGCGCACGAAUUACUGGAUAUCGAGAUCCAAAACCAUGGUGAGGGACAUGGUUCCCUUGAGGAUGCCUCGGCGACGAGGGAGAUUCUGAUCUGGUGUUUACGAUUGCCCGAAUGCAUCAGGGCCUGGGCCGAGGAGACUCGUCGUCAAAACGAGAAAAUGCAAAAGCAGAGGAAGAAUGCUGCCAAUGUGGCGAAUUAA